AACAUGGCUGGCUAGAGGUUGUGUCUGUGCUGAGCUCCCGCUACCACCAAGCUUAUUAAGCAGCAAAACGGAAUUCUGUCAACAUUACAACCCAGAAUACGUGCCUGUUCAUUAUCUUAAAUACUUCAAGCGUAAAACUUUAAACAUUUAACGACGGACAAUGUCAAAACAAACUAAAAUUCAACCAAAGAAAGUGACGCCCGCCAUGACUGCUAGCGCUAGCCAAACGGAGGAGCUGGCAGGCGACCAGAUUUCAGCAGAGACUUCAGCUCUCAUUCGUGAGGUGACCCGAAGCUUUACAGAGAUAAUGGAGCAGAAAUUCUCUAGGCUCUCGGAGACUCUGGAGACAAUCUCCUCUACGCUGGAAAGUAAUACUACUCGCAUUACUGCGGCAGAACAGAGGGUUUCUGAUGUGGAGGACACGGUCGCCGAGUUGGCCGGGAGGUUAACCGAUGCAGAGAAGAAAAUCAAGGCAAUGGAGAAUGCUUUGGAUGACGUGGAGAACAGAAGCAGACGGGAAAACAUCCGCAUUAUCAACCUGAAGGAAGGUACUGAGGGUAAAAACCCCAUUCAGUUCUUUGAAAAAUGGUUACCCUCACUGCUCGGCUUGGAUAAGAGCCCCAAUGCUGAAGCCCGUAUUAAAGUGGACCGCGCGCACCGCAGCCUGGCGCCCCGCGGUGCGCGCCCGCGACCGGUGAUAAUUAAGCUCCACAAUCCCAGAGACAAGCAGCGGAUCAUGUCAGCAGUGAAAACGUCGCCCAGGCUUCAAUAUGAAGGACAACAACUCUUCAUACACCAGGAUCUUUCUGUAGCAGUUCGGGAGAAAAGGCGCGGCUUCAACGACACCUGCCGGUCCCUGAUUGAAAGAGGCAUUCGAUUUAACAUGCGCUACCCAGCUACGCUUGUCAUCACCCAUAACGGCAUUGAAAAGAAGUUCACGUCGCCGGGGGACGCACAAAGCUUCAUCAACGCUCUAGACUGAAGAUUCCAGCCUCCAAGAGUCCCCAGUGUUGAUGUCAGCUCAAGUUCUCCAGCAGUCCGGUGGAACCCUCAAGCUUUGCCAAGCCGCGCUUUUACCUCCAGCCACGCCACAAGCCGCUUUCCUCUCCAGCUGCCCACCAAGUCACACCAACUUUCCUGGAAGGAAAAUAAAACCCAUUUCUUACCUUUCA